GUGUGAGUGGGUUUGGAUUCAUUGCUAUCAGAAACCUGCUUGCUUCUUCAUCUAAUCUAACGCCCUAAUCCCUACCUACCUACCUACCACCCCCUCGGGUAUCUUCCAUUUCUAUUUUGUCUCUCGUCUUCCGAUAAGUUCGAGCAAUGGACUUUUUGGAAGCAAAGGAGAUUCAGGUCGGCCUUGCUGUUGCCGUUCUUGCUGUGGUCGCCACCGCAGCCUACUUUUAUUCCUCAAAGAAAACCAAAGUUGGAAGCAUAGAUCCUGAAAAUUUUAAGGAAUUCAAGCUUGUGAAGCGCACGCAGCUUAGCCAUAAUGUGGCCAAGUUCAGAUUUGCUCUUCCUACACCUACUUCGGUGCUGGGCCUUCCUAUUGGCCAACACAUAAGUUGCAGGGGUAAAGACAGUCAAGGGGAAGAGGUUAUUAAGCCAUACACUCCAACCACCUUGGACACUGAUGUGGGAUAUUUUGAGUUGGUUAUUAAGAUGUACCCACAAGGUCGGAUGUCUCAUCACUUCAGAGAGAUGCGUGAAGGUGACUAUUUGCCCGUAAGGGGACCUAAGGGGCGUUUUAGGUAUCAACCUGGUCAGGUGAGAGCUUUCGGAAUGCUUGCUGGGGGCUCCGGGAUCACUCCAAUGUUUCAGGUUGCUAGAGCUAUACUAGAAAACCCAAAAGACAUGACCCAGGUGCAUCUCAUCUAUGCUAAUGUCACAUAUGAAGACAUCCUUCUUAAGGAAGAAAUCGAUGGACUUGCAACUAAUUACCCUGACAGGUUCCAUGUGUACUAUGUAUUGAAUCAGCCACCAGAGGAAUGGACAGGUGGUGUUGGUUUUGUAUCGAAAGAAAUGAUCCAAACCCAUUGCCCUGCACCCGCAGCCGAUAUUAAGGUUCUAAGAUGCGGGCCACCACCAAUGAACAAGGCCAUGGCUGGUCAUCUAGACGCUUUGGGAUAUUCGGCUGAGAUGCAAUUUCAGUUCUAAACAUAUCAAGAUAACAAAUUGACACCACAUUUUGUGCAUCAAGUUUAGUUGUUAGUUACAGAACAUUUCCAGUGUAAUUUGCGUUUGGCUCGGAUUAUGUUGAUGAAUGUUGUUGGUGGACAAGUCAUAAGCUUGUUUGUUUGACAACUUAAACCAAAUGGUUGUAUUUCUAAACAGUUUUGUUUGACUGAUUAUGUAAUACAAUGUUCCAAAAUAAUAGCAUUAGAAGUUUGGCCACUU